CUCUCUGUCUUUUUUCUUCUCUCCUCUUGUUCUCCUCUCGGCACACCUACACAAAAUAUAUUCUCCCCCUAUUGUUUUGCCGCUUUUGCACCUAUUUCUUAUCCUCCCCCUUUCUGGCAGCACAGCAUUUCCCGUUUGUAAAUGAGCGGUGGGAAUCAAGCUCUAGAUAGCCAAGACACAGCCAACACCAGAACAGACGACAUCACCGAGCAGCCUCUGGUUCCUUCGAUAAGCAGCAUCCCAAACGUAGAGUUUCUAAACAACUUUCGUUCGGUGAUGGAGAACCGCCGUGGAUCGACUUGGAUGUCCGUGCGGCGUGACACACAGCAACAGCAACAGCAACAGCAACAGCAGCGGCAGCGGCAGCAGCAACGACCAAGCCCGGUCAUUCCCGGACCCCAGCCAGGCCGGAGGCAGUCUGGACUGCCACGUAUCGAUCUUGGCGCCCCGAGCACUUCGAACCUGCAUGGCGAGGAGUUGGCCGAAGAUAACAGUGCCCAUGAAACGGAGCAUGAUCAUGUGGACGACAUUGACGCUGAAGAGGAAAUGGCGCAUUCGCAAGAGCCUGGCGACCAUGUCAUGGAUGAGGAUGAGGAUGACGACGACGACGGACACAGAAGAUGA